UUGGUGUGAGCGUGUGUGGUUUUGUAAUGGAGAUGGCUGUCGGUUGAUAUUCUCGGGGUCGAGGAGCUGGCGGCUUCUCGGCCGCCCUUGUGCUUUUCACAGUAACAUCUUUUCCGGAUACGUGGUCGGUCGGUGAACAGUAUUGCCCCGUCCGUGAGCUGUGUGAUUUGGCAAGCGUGGUGUUUGGGGCCCGUGUUUUUGUGUGCGCGUGUGUGUGCGGCGCCCGGCUUGGUUUUUCUUUCGCGUUCGGUUAGCCGCGAGCUCGUGCCCGUGUGAACGUCGCGCAUGUCUAUGUGUUCGAUGCGAGACCCGAGAAACUCUGGCGCUAUCGCGCAACGAUGUCGAAUACCGGCGAGAGGCGUCGGACAUUUUUGAGCUGGGCGAGAUGAGCCCCAGACCAUCAUCGUCGUACUGCAGGAGACACGAUCUUGGUCUUCUGACGCGCACAAGCUGGACGGAUGCUCGCACAGCGGUUCGCCAGAUUGAGAAGGGCCGCGCCAGUGGUGGCCGCUGGUCACUGCUCUUGCGCGGCCAACUCCAGGGGCAGCUUGUGCAGCUGGGUCGGUUCAUCGACCGCAAUGCGGGCAAGGUGCUCUUUGUCGGACUUCUGGUGCUCGCCACGUUUUGUGUGGGCCUCAAGUCAGCCCACCUUGAGACGGACGUUCACAACUUGUGGGUGCAACGCGGUGGACGGCUGGAGCGCGAGCAAGCAUAUGUGCGGUCGACGCUGGGUGAGGGUGCGGGCACCAGUAGCCAGCUCGUGAUUCAGACAGCGCCCCCGGCUGGCGAUCUCCUGAGGAGGCCCGAAGCACUGCUGUCCCACCUCGAUGCCCUCUCCCGGGCCACCCAAGUCACUGUGGACAUGUUCGAGCUCACCUGGCGGCUCAAGGACCUGUGCUACGCUCCUAGCUUCCCCACUUUCGACGAGAGCUACGUGGACGACAUGCUCGAAAAGCUUUUACCCUGCAUCAUCGUGACACCCCUCGACUGCUUCUGGGAAGGGUCCAAGCUCCUUGGGCCCGAGAUUCCGGCUCACAUCCCAAUUCUAGGUUUUGGCGUACAAUGGACAGAUCUGAACCCACAGCGUUUAGUUGGCGAGAUCCAGAAAGUGGCAACCUUUGGUGGAUCCUUCCCAUUUGACACCAUCCAAGACUUCAUGCGGAGGGCGGGCAUCACGUCGGCAUACCAAGAGAAGCCGUGCUUGGACCCGAGCGACCCCCGCUGCCCGGAAACGGCGCCCAACAAGCGUUCGGGGCGGGCGCCCGACAUCGGUGCACAGCUGACAGGUGGCUGCUACGGUUUCGCCACGAAGUACAUGCACUGGCCCGAAGACCUUAUCGUUGGAGGCGUUCAGAAGAACCGGUCAGGGCACAUUGUUCGGGCGGAAGCAUUGCAAUCGGUCGUGCAGCUGAUGGCAGAGCGGGACAUGUACCACUACUGGAAAGGUCACUACCGGAUGGCUCACCUCGACUGGACCAUGGACAAAGCGCGGUCCAUCCUCGAGGCCUGGCAGCGUAAAUUUGCAGAGGAGAUCCUGCGACAGGAUGCAUCAUUCGAGUACCGCAACACUACGCGGCGGCCGAUCGGCGAUCUGCACGUGUUUACCGCGACGUCGCUCGCAGACGUCAUGAAGGACUUUUCGCAAGUGAGCCCGGUUCGUGUGGCGCUUGGCUGCCUGCUGAUGGUCGCCUAUGGCUGCAUAUCGCUGUGGGCCGCUGCUGCCCGCGACAAUCCCUGGGGCAGCGCAAUCCUGGGCACUCUCGGAGUCCUUCUGUCCGUGGCUGCCGUCGGGGCUGGCCUAGGCCUCUGUGCCCUGCUUGGCCUGCCGUUCAACGCGGCCACCACUCAGGUGCUGCCAUCGCUGGCGCUGGGUUUGGCCCUGGACACGCUGUUCCUUCUCGAUCAGGCUUACCGGCAGGGAGCUAGGAGUCGGCCCCCGUAUGAACGCACUGCACAGGUGCUGAAAUGCGUCGGGCCGAGCGUGCUGUUGGCGUGGGCCGGUACGGCCGGUGCAUUUUGCGCAGCUGCACUGAUCCCCGUGCCGGCAUUGCGGGCUUUUGUGCUUCAGGCUGCAGUGCUGCACACCUUUGGCACGGCUACCAUGCUCCUCUUGUUUCCAGCUGCAGUCAGCGUAGAUCUCAGGCGAAGCCGGCACAGCUGGCAACAGUGCUGCUCAGGACUCGCAAGCUCGAUCCACUGCAAGACCAGCGACAGUGGUAGCAGUUGGGCCCAUGGAAACUUGGGUGGGGGCAGGUUGGACUACUUUGCCAGCCACUAUUAUGCACCAAUGUUGCAACAGACACCGGUGAAAGUUCUGACCGUGCUGGGCCUGGUGGCACUCCUGGCGGCAUCAGGUUGGGGUGCCCUGCGUGCGGACGAAGGCUUGGACUUGGCCGAAGUGGUGCCUGGCGGCAGUCGCGAGCAGGCCUUCCUGAAGGCGCAGAGCCACUACUUCGGGUUCUUUCACAUCUUUGCCAUAACGCGGGGCAACUUCGAGUACCCGACAAAGCAGAAGCUUCUGCUGGAGUUUCACGAGGCGUUCACUUCGAUCGAGCACAUCAUCAAGAACGACGAUGGGGGCCUGCCUGACUUCUGGCUCACGCUCUUCAGGGACUGGCUGCGAGGCUUGCAGAAAGCAUUCGAUCGGGACUGGGAACGUGGCUGUAUCACACGAGAGCAAUGGUUCCCAAACGCUUCGGACGAAGGGGUGCUCGCCUACAAGCUGCUCGUGCAAACGGGUCGGCCCGACAAUCCCAUCGACAAGAAGCUGAUCCCCAAGGGACGCCUCGUCGAUGAUGAAGGGAUCGUCAACCCCAAGGGUUUCUACAACUACCUCUCAGCGUGGGCGUCGAACGAUGCACUCGCCUACUCGGCCUCAGAGGCCAACCUCCGCCCCGAACCACGGCAGUGGAUACACUCGAGGCAGGAGGUCGAAUUGCGCGUUCCCAAGUCGGCGCCGCUUGCCUACGCCCAGAUGCCUUUCUACCUCCGUGGCCUGCGCAACAGUGGCGAGGUGUCGCGAGCCCUCGAGAGCGUGUGGGCGCUGUGUGCACGCUUCGAGGCGCGGGGACUCCCCAACUUCCCUCGCGGAGCACCUUUCGCCUUUUGGGAGCAGCACCUGGGCUUCCGGAUCCAUCUGAUGGCGGCUCUGGCCCUGGCUUUGGCUGCCGUGUUUCUGGUGCUCGCGCUGGCCCUCCUCAACCUCUGGGCGGCCUGCUUCCUCGUGCUCGUCCUCGGGAGCUUCGUCCUCGAACUUUUUGGUGCGAUGGGCUUCCUUGGUGUGCGGCUCAGCGCCAUUCCAGCCGUCCUCCUCGUGCUGGCCGUCGGCAUAGGUGUACAGUUCACGGUGCACGUGACAAUCUCGUUUCUGACGGCCAUCGGCAGUCGGGGCCGCCGUGUGUCGCUGAGCCUCGAAUGGAUGUUCACACCCAUCGUGCAUAGUGCGGUGUCGACGCUGUUGGGUGUGCUUGUGCUAGCGUCGUCCGAAUUUGACUUUAUCGUCAGGCACUUCUUCUAUGUGUUGUCGGCCCUCGUGAUUCUGGGCCUUCUCAAUGGACUGCUGUUUUUGCCGGUGCUGCUCUCUCUGGUGGGACCGCCUGGCGAGUUGGUGCCUCAAAAUCGGGGGGAUCGCAUAGCGACGCCGUCGCCAGAAGCGUCUCCCGAGCCUCCGCAGCGAGCGCUAAGGCCGCCACGCACGUUUGGGCGCCCCGUUGCCGGUCCGCCGCUCGGGGGCGGAGGCGUGCGGCGUCAUCCGUGGGCCGACUCGCUGAGCACGAUCUCCGAAGAGCCACCCUCGUACCACUCCUGCUCAUCCUCGCACGAGAUCGUUCUGCACCCAGAGGUGGUUGUCGAGACUACCACGGUGACCACAAGCAAUGGGACUACAGAGACGACUACGAGAAACACGGUAGACUCCGGCGACCGGUCGUCGUCGGCGCAGAGCAGCAGCAGCAGUGGCAGCGGUUCAAACAGCCGUUCGUCGACACCAAGCGAGGGCAGCAAUGCGCCGACCGUGGUUCAGUCGAGCAGCGACUGCAGUGUGCAGCCUGGUGGAGGGGCCACCACAAACGUCACGACCAAGGUCACCGCCAAGGUCAAAGUGGAGCUACACGCACCUGUUCACGCCUCCGAACGCAGUCACAAGCACAGGCGGCGACGAGAUAGCAGCUGCUCCCGCGACUGCAAAUUCUGACGUGGGGUCUCGUCGGUCCGCUGCUCAAGGUUGUGGCAGCCAGUAUUUAUUAUCGCUGUACAUAUAGGCACCUGUGUGGUGGGUGGCCCGCACAUUGACUAACUACCUCAAGUGAAAGCAUCCCGUCUUCCUCACUCUCCACACAGCAUCAUACGGGUACAAGAGUCUUCUUCUCGGCUACUCUUCGGAUCGACGAAUUCACUAGAAAUGGCCACAGUAGCGACGUGUCCUUGCGUAAGGAGGAAAGCCCUGCAAAGUGUACCGUGUGUUUAGAACAAGUGAUCGAAAGGGACGUCGACUUCAACUGGCACGACGACGAUGGGAGCCAUCAAUCUGCUCAAGGAACUGUUGUGCUUGUCGCCAGACUGUAGCCUGUAGCCCUCGUUUUUUUUUUUUUAAUCUAGAAGGAAAAUUAUUUUUGUCUGGUUAUGUCAAGGCACACAAGCAAGCGAACGAUGCCUACACACUGCCAUGUCAUGAAUUUGUGCUCAGUGAACGUUUACGCAUGUUAAGGACUGCGAAACUGUGUUGACCUCUGGACUGUCAGAUUUGUGGCCUCAGUUUUGCCUGUGCAUUAGCCAUACUUACCAAA